GUUGUUCGACCGUUUUGCUGUCAGUCGAUUGUGAACCUUCAAAGGGAUGACAUGGAGACAAAGAUGGAACCAAUAGAUGUAACGGAAGCAAUGAAGUCGUUAUUAUGGAACAGACAAUUGCUAAAAUACGUUGGAGUUUGGCCACUCGAGAUUUCUCAUGCACUUUUUCUUUUUUUUUUUAUUUAUCUCUUCCUACAUUGUUCGUUGACAUUUGUCGAAUUGGGCCAUGGUAAACACGAUUUCGAAGUCAUCAUGGCAAUUUUCACCGAAAACGUAUUGCUUCUAAUGACCUUAUCGAAAAUAACCAUGUGUUGGAUACACAGACAAUCAUUAGGACGUUUGCUCGCCGAAGUACAAAAUAAUUUCAUCGUAGACAAGUACAAUACGUUUGAGAAGAGAUUCAUUUUCGAGAAAUAUACCAAAUUGGCGAAAUAUUAUGUUUUAGUAGCUGUAAUCACGAUGUCAUUUGCUACUACAUUUUAUUACGUCCAUGCGUUACUGCCUAAUGUGAAAAUGGCGAUGAGUAAUUCGUCAUUGAGUUACAAACUACCGUACAAAACACGAACCAUAACCGAUAUACGCGAUGUUAAGAUCUAUGUUUGUCUCUGCAUUUAUCAGUUUUUGGUACCACCAAGUAUUGUACUAGGUUUUGUCGGAUUCGAUUGUUUGUUUACCAAUCUCGCAUUUCAUAUUACCGCACAAUUUGGAAUUCUAAGCUGUAUGCUCAGAGAAAUUCUCGACGAUUCUAAUGGUUUUCAACGUAAUAUAAGAGAACUUGUACUUCGACAUUACAAAUUGAUAAGACAAGCAAAAACUUUGGAAGAUAAUUUUAAUGUAAUAAUAUUGCAACAAUUAAUGGGAACGACGUUUCAACUUUGUGCAUCUGGUUACAAUACACUUUUGGGUUCAAUUGACAAAGGAGGAUUGACGUUGUUUGUAUUCUAUUUUUAUGCUUCGAGCACAUUGAGUACAUUGUUUAUUUAUUGUUAUAUCGGCGAGUGUCUUAUUCAGGAGAGUUCGAACCUGAGCAAUGCAUUUUAUCGUUACGAAUGGUAUAACGUGUCACCGAUCAAUUUAAGAAUGGUUAAAAUAUGUAUGUUGCGAAUGAAGAAACCACAGCAACUAACUUCCGGUAAAUUUUUCGUUUUGUCAUUGGCUUCUUUUACCGACAUUCUAAAAACUACGAUGGGAUAUCUGUCAUUACUACGAACACUUCUAUGAAGAAUUUUUCUUUAUUCAAUUUGGUUCUUUUAUUACUAAGAUCACUUUUAUUUUUCA